AUGGUCCCUAGUGAGGACUUAGGAAACCUUCCACCUUCAGAACUAAGAGAACCACACAGAGCCCCACUAUUACUGGCAGCCCUGGAAUACAUCUGCAUUGUUGACAUGAUGUGGCAUACUUCCUCAUAUGAUGUCACAAGCAAGUGCACAGACCUUCCACCUCUCAACCUUCCACCUCCAGUGGGCCAUCUUGAUCUGUUCUACUAUUCAUUCUCCUGCCUGCUAUCCUUUAUCAGAAUCAUCAUGUCUCAGGAUCAGAAGAUUAAGCUCCACACUUGUGAGAAGUUGGGUUUGUUGGAGGAGUUCCUGCUCUACAAGUUCAAAAUGAAACAGCCUAUUUUGAGGGAAGAUAUGCUGAAGAUUGUCAGCCCAAAAUACCAAAACCAGUUUGCUGAGAUUCUCAGAAAAGUAUCUGAGCACAUUGAGGUUGUCUUUGCAGUUGAUUUGAAGAAGGUCAACCCAACUCAUCACUUAUAUGACCUUGUCAGCAAGCUGAAACUCCCCAACAAUGGGAGGAUUCAUGCUGGCAAAGGGUUACCCAAGACUGGUCUCCUGAUGACUCUCCUGAGUGUGAUCUUCCUGAAAGGCAACAGUGCCAAUGAGGAAGAUACCUGGCAAUUUCUGGAUAUGAUGCAGAUAUGUGUUGGGAAGAAGUACUACCUCUAUGGAGAGCCCAGGAAGCUCAUCACUCAGGAUUUUGUGAAGCUAAAGUACCUGGAGUACUGUCAGGUGCCCAGCAGUUGUCCCGCACACUAUAAAUCCCUGUGGGUUACAAGAGCCUAUAGUGAAACCAGCAAGAUGAAAGUCUUGGAAUAUUUGGCCAAGGUCAGUAAUAUUGCUCCAGGUACCUUCUCUUCACGAUAUGAAGAGGCUUUGAUGGAUGAGGAAGAAAGAGCCCAAGCCAGAAUUGCAGCCAAGACUGGCACUACUGCAGUGGCCAAGACUGUUUUGAGGCCAAGUUCAACAGCUUCUCCCAACCCUACUGAAGUCUGAAGUUUUCUCAUCCAGUCAAGCAAAUAUAACAUCACCAAAAGGGAUUGUUUUUUGAAAUACAAAAGAACCUCCAGUAAAAUAAUUGAGAUGAUGAAAUAGAAAAAAAUUAUAAAACAUGAUCAAUCUUGGUUUUCCUC